AUGGACCUGUCUACGGUCUUCGAAGCCAUGCGGGAGAAAGAAGAGGAGCUAGCCGAGGCUGAGCAACGGCUGCUGUUCGACCGGGAUAACCUCGAGACGGCGCGCGAACUCAUCCAGGAACGUGAGGCUCGUCUUGCCGAAAACCAGACGUCUCAGUUGUCUUUGCGGGAAGACGCGGAGAAGAUCCGUUCGAAGCUGGCGGAGCAGACGGAGGAGCUGGUAGCGGCUCGCAAGGAAGUCGACUUGAGGAAUAAGGAGAUUCGCGAGGCCAAGGAGGGGUUGGGUAAGAAGGAGGAGGAGAUCUCUCGAGCCCAUGCGGCGAUCCGAGCAAGGAAUGAGAAGUUGAGGCUUGCCGAAGCUCAGCUGCAGGCUCAGGAGAGCCAGCUUGUAGCUUCGACAGCGGAGGUACGGCAAUUGCGGUUGGAUCUCAGAUCUGCGGUUGCCGAAAAGAAACGGUUGCAGGAGGAGCUGGAGGAUUCGCAGAAGGAGCUGCGUCGGCAGGAGGGUAAACUGACGGCCAUGGAAUCAGAUUUGGAGAAAAGAGGCGGCAUUGUGACAGCUGCGCAGAAGGAGAUAAAGAUUCUUCAGAAGCAUCUGAAGAACUCCGGAGUAAAAGGAGAGGCUGCGUCUCGGGAGCUCGCUCAAGCGAAGUCAAUGAUUGGUGCGGUGAAGGCCGAGUUGAAGGUGUCUAACGAAGCUCUGAGCAAAUUCCGUUCCGAGGUCCAUGAGUUGAAAUCCGCCGUCUCGAGACAGGAACGCGAGGCGACCAACGCGUCGAUGCUUUUGAAAAAGCGGGAACGGGAGCUCGAACGAGCAAACGCGGAACUCGCAAAGGAGAGGGCGACGUUGCAAGCAGUCCGCGCCGCGGUUCUGGAUCUCGAGACUAAGUUAAAGCACGAGAUGGACGCCUGCGAGACGCUCGCAAUGGAGGUCCGGGACGCGCGGUCGAGGCUUCGCACAGCCAUGUCUGAAGCUUCCGAGCUCCGUAAAUCCGUCCGACAGGCGGAGUCAGAACUCUCAGACGCCAAAAUCACCCUCCAGCUUAAAGAAGCAGAACUCGUGGGUCUCCGCCUGGAGCUACAAGAAAGUGCAUCGGAUCUGUCUAUAGCGAAGCAGGACCUCAAAUCCCGGUCAGAGGAGCUCGACGCCGCGGCAAGCGCGCUGGAGGGACUUCGCCGGGAGCUGGCAGCAGUGAAGCUGGAGCUUCAAGUUAAAGAUGAGAGAGUCGCGGCGUCGGAUAAGGCUCUAGAGAUGCGGGAGGAGACGAUUGGGGCGAUGGAGGUGAAGCUGGAGGGCAGCAACGCGCGCCUGGCGGCGGCGGAAACCGUCGUGGAGCAGAUUGCGGAGCUCUCGCGCAAGCUCGCGGAUUCCGCGCUCGCCGCCGGGGGUUUCGACAUGGGGGUGCUGACGUCCGGGAGAGCGGUGCAGAGCGGUGGGGUGGGGUCGGUGGGGUUGAGAGGCGGGAAGAUGCUGGUGGGGGAGAGCGUGCUGCUGGCGGAGACGAACCGAGAGCUGUUCGCGGCGAGCCGAGCGCUGCUGGAGAAGGAGCAUGGGAUGCAGCUGCUGCAGGUAGGCCCUACUGACCUCCCCGACCUGCUGCUUCAUAUACACCUAAUUUUCCCUCCCCAACUCUCCCCACCCCGUUCCCUUCCUCGCACUUGCUUUCCAUCUCUACUUCUUUCUACGUCUCUCUCUCGUGCAGCCCCCUCUGCCCGGCCUCCUUGGCCUUUUCGUCUCCCUUUGCCUCAUUUUGUUUCAUUCUUAUCCAUCCCUUGGCCGACCCCUCAUCCCAAGCAGGAGCAGGAGCAAGAACAGAGGGAGCAGAACGAACGUCUAUUGGAGCAGCUCCGGGCAGCAAGGGCAGCGCUGGGAGAGAAACAGAUCGAGCUGGACUCCGUGAAAUCCCUCCUAGCCGAGCGGGAGGAGGAGAUCCGGCAACUGACGGCGCGGUGGGAGGAGCGGGAAGCUGCGCUGACGGCCAUGCGCGCGGAGGUGAUCAGCGGAGCCAGGGAGAUCGCGCAGCUGCGGGACGUUAUCAAAUCCGCCUCCUCACGCCAAGCAGGGCAGCAGGGCGAGGGGGUGGAGAAGGUGUCGCAGGCGGAUUUGGUGGCGCAUGAAGUGGUGAAGCUGGAACUCGAGGUGGCGAAAGUUGAGGUAGAGACCGCCAUGUCAGCUCUGCAAGGCUUGGCUGAUCUCAGUGCCCAGCUCAAGGCAGAUACAAACGACCGCCCGCUGCUGCUUCCCGCAUCCUCGCUCGGUUCCUCUACUGCUUCCGCCAGUCAACUACACGGCUCUCGCCCUGCUCUGGCCUCUGCCUCUGCUGCUGUCGGCGUAUCAGGGAGUGCCGCCCAACAGGGAGAGGAGCAGGAGCAGCAGCAGAGGUUGCAACGGCAGCAGGAGCGGGAGGAGCGGAGGCAGAGGGAGGAGGAGCAGGAGGAGGCGAGGAUGCAGCAGCAACUGCAGGAGCGGGACAAUGCGCUGCGCAUGGCGGUGCGAGCCAUGUCCAACCUCACCCGCCUCACUCAGAAGCUUGCAGCUGACGCCCAGGCAGAGCUCUCAGGUGAAGAGCCCGUGCUGCAGAUGUAG